GAUGAGGUUUUAACAAGACCAGAUAACAAUUUGAGGGCUGAGAACUCAUUCAAAGAGCUUGUAUCAGAGCCCCCCAGCCUGAGAGCAGAGAAGAAGAACUUCUGUGCUGAGGAAAGUGAGGCCAAGGACAUCACCAGAGUCAACAUCUGCUUCAAGUUCCCAGGGCUGCUGACAAUGUGCAAGACACUGACAGCACUUGGUAGAGGCUGCUUUGCCCUGGCCAUCCUGCUGGCAACUGUGGACAUCCAGCCUGGAGGAUCCAUACACAUCUCCGGUUCAAUUUCCCAGAAAGGAAAGCAGCUAAAUUUAACCUGUACUGUGUGGCAUAAGAAAGAAGAGGCUGAGGGUUUUGUAGUGUUUCUGUGCAAAGACAGGAUUAGGGACUGUUCCCCUGAGACCAGCUUGCAGCAGCUGAGACUUAAACCGGAUCCUAGGACAGAUGAUGUCAGUGAGAGAUCAUCCCAGUUGGUGUUCACCAUAAAUCAAGUCACGCCAUUGGAUAAGGGGACCUACCAGUGUUGUGCCAGAAGCCAGAAGCCAAAUAUCCACCUUCAGGGCCACUUCUUCUCCAUUUUGGUCACAGAGACAGGAAACUACACGGUGACGGGACUGAAACAAAGACAACACCCUGAGUUCAGCCACAGAGAGGGUGUCCCCAGUUCAGGCUUCCUGCAAGAAAAGGCCUGGGUGAUGCUGGUCACCAGCCUGGUGACCCUCAAAGCUUUGUAAACCUUGUGCCAGAAGAAACCAUAAAAAAAGUUACAGCAAGAUAAAUCCUGACGCUCUUUAGCUUGGUAUCUUUCACCUUACAAUAUACAGAGAAGAAAAAAACAAGGCACAGGGGAAAAGAUACUAAAUAUGCACGAAUCUGGGGAAUAUAAGGUGGGGGCACUGCCACAGUAAACCUGCCUUUCUUUCUACCUCAGUCACCAGUAAAUAAAAAGACUAGCUUUAUUAAAAGUGGCUGGGAUGCAGUUCUGACUCAAAUAUUGGAUGAGUAUAUGUUUUUGUACCUCAGUACAACUUUUCCUCUGCUGCCCCCACCCCCAACACAUACACAACACAGUAAAGUAAAUAAGCAAACGAAACAAAAUCAAACACCAUUUUUUUUUUUGGAACAAAUGUUUAUUUAACACUGUAAAAGGAGGAAAGAGGGAACAAGCAAAGAUAGGUAUGAGAGGAGAGGAAGUAAGCCAGACCCCAGUGACUGACUUGGCAUGAAAAUGAGGAAACGAAAAGAGGCCUUGGUGUUCGAAAUCUCUUGAACAUCCACACACAGCACUGCUGGAGGAAGAUUUGUGCAGACCAGGUUCACCAAAGAAUGGAACUGUCCAGCUUCAACUAAGUUCUUUGAUCCUAACCUGUCAACCUCUUUGAGCAUCUCUCUUUUUAAAUAAACGCCCGUAAUAGUCUUUGCAG